CCCAGUCGUUAGUUGUCAAACUUCAAAAAAGUAAGGUUAUAAUUCAACAUUGUUUGUUUAUUAUUACCCGAAAUACAACAAAUUAACCAGCAUUUGUUAUAAGCAUCCCAAACUACACCUUGAACAGUGUUGUGGGAGUGAGAGUGAAUAUCCAACCAAAUACUUUCACCCAAGAACUUAAUUGCUAGUAGAAAUGGUCGGUGUCAUACCAAAAAAGUCGGCAUCUGGUCGAAAGCAGUGGACAAUUCACGGACCUCAGAGGGGUUCAUUGAAACGGCUCAGAAGCCAGUUGGCAUCAGAUGGAUGUCCUGAGUCUCAAGUGGUGCUUGCCCGGCAGCUGCUAGAUGAAGAGUGUGAGUACAAAGCGGAGCAAAGAGAAAACGCCAAACUAGGAGUGUACUGGCUUCUAAAGGCGUCUGAGCAAGGCAACUUAGAGGCGACUGAGAUGCUGAAAUCCUGCCUGAAGACUGGCAAAGGCAUCAGCGAGCACAAUUACAUGGAUGUAAAGGCCUGCAUAUCCAUGACGCAGGAUGACAAAAUUGUUCGGAAGGCUGCCAAGGAAGUAUUUGCUAGCUUAUCAAAUGGAGAUGAAUACAUCACAUCCAACCAACUAGAAAAGCGAAUUCUGGCCAUAGAUCGCGGUGAAAGUUCAAGCUCAAAGCCAGCAGAAAAUGGCCAUUCAGCAAAUGAAACCGAUGGAACAAUUGGGGAGAUAAUGCCCAAUUACGAUGAGUCUACGGAUUCGGAGGAGGAAAUUGAUUGGUCGGAAAAAUCGAAUGGAAGCAACGAGAAACUCACUGAAGACUCGCUGGUAUCAGCAGCUAUAACCUUCUCUCAUGGUCAGUUGCCUGUUAUUAACAACAUGAUCUGUCUGGCUCAGCCGAACUUGCGAGCUCUAGAUGACAUUCCGUUUAUUUAUUGGUCCUUACUGUAUCCAGUGCUAUCAACGAAAAUCCUCUAUUUUAAACUGAUGAAAUAUUUGGGCAACAAAUCCAUACCGCUGCCCCUGGUCAGGAAUGAGAUUCAACUGAUCGUUCUGUUCCUAAUCUACUCGGUAGUUAGCACUGAAAACAUUGCAAAUUUCCUUCCUACGGUCCUGUUUUACUGUUCGUUUCUAGUGAUGAUUAUCACCACCUUCCAACUGCUGCAAACCCAAAGGGAAUUGCACGAGUUUCGUUUAUGGAGGGGUUUAUUCAUCUGCUAUUCCAAUGGGGAUCUAAAUGAGUAUAGCUUUGAAACUCAGUUCAUUUUCAACCAUAUUAAGCACUAUGUUUGGUUCUUUUUCAGCCUCCUCGUGCACUAUUUCAUGUACUCAAUCAAUCCCAUUAAGUUGGAGUCGGAGUUUACUGUGAUGUCUUGCUGCUUUAUGUUUAUGACUCUUUUCGGUUUUAUGCCUAAGCGUCGAUCGAAAACAGUCAUAGAUUCCCUGGUUCUUCUCAGCUUUGCCAUCAACGUUCUUGCUCGAUACCCUUAUGAGACUGACCCGAUUGUUUCAAGAGGUUGGAGAUAUCUGGAACUUGUUUUUCCAUCAUUUCCCAGUUACGUUGUGGGAAAUGGCAUCGAGUUCUGCAUCAACUUCAGACUGCUGCUCUAUGCAGCCAUUCCAGUUAUUCUGGGCCAAAUGGCCAUGAAGGAAAAUUGGCGCGGCUCAUACAAAACGGUUUUGCCUCAUUUAGUCACUCUCAGCUGGUUGCAGUACUUUGCGUUGUGUUCCCACAACGCAACUACCUACGGACUGUUUAGAGCGACUUUGGCUGUAGUUGGAUCUGUGCUCUUCUUGCCACUAGUUGGUUUAACUUCGGUAAUUCUUCCAGUUGCUGCAGUUACUCAAUGGAUUAUUACCUCGAAUGUUAUUCAUUCCAUCUGCCUGUUCUUGUUCCUGCUUACUAUAUGUUUAGCAGUGUGUUUUAUGUGCGCCCAAACUAGAUAUGCCAAAUACACGGCUGCAGUUCAAGUAAUCCUGAUGCUUUUGGCGUUUUUCACUCUCAUCAAGACUUCACAUUACACCAGCAGUCUUUCAAAUAAGUUUUCCAAUGAUGUUGAAUAUUCGUCGCACUCCAAGAGCUUGGAUUGGAAUGAGUUUCAAAAAUUGUGCCACCAAGAAUCAUUGGAAGGCACUGAAACGACCGCGAAUGCUCAAAUUAGAUGCGCCGAAUUGGCCGGAGCUCAGAUUUUCUGGGAAGGCACUGUUGAAUCCGUGACGUUAAGCUCCAUUCAAAAUAGCGUGGAAAAUAUUUUAAGCAGAUUUCCCAAAGUAUUUUCGAGUUAUUUAUAUUGUUUAUUUGGCGCGCCGCAGGACUCCUUGUGUGAGCAGGAAAAAUCCAGCGACUGUGUUGCAUCGCACCAAUUUUCCAGCAGCAAGUGCAGCUUGAAAGAAUAUAAUUCCUAUUCCUUUGAGAUUAUGAUUAAAAUGCCUUCGUUCUACUGGAGGCUCAGCCCGGAGGUUUACCUACAUCUGGACAAUCAGUUCAAGAAUUUCACGCUCAGAACCAAAGCCAAGGAUCUGGUAUGGUUCAAAGGCGUGCUUCAGAAUGAGGCCACAUUGGGAAGUAACGGAAUUUUGGGCGCAGUCGGCACGCACAUCAAAGUGGAGGAAAUUGGUUGCCUUGUCUGUUCCGACAUCGAGCUGACUUCAACCAAACAUGCUGAAUCCAGAAUUUUUACCAUGGAUUUGUUGCGCAAAUGUUUCAAAGUCUUCAAAUUUAUUUUGAAUGUUGUAUUUAAUCCCAUAUUGACUUUUAAGUAGUGGUUACUGCCGGUAUUACUUGCUUGAAAAUUGUGCAAGGAUCUCAAGUGGCUGAGCGAAGAGAAUAAUCGAUCCGUGAUAAUAUGAAAGUCUUGAAAUGUAUAUUUAUGUCAACUGUUGUUUAACUCGAUGUUUAUUUUUAUGCAGGGUGUUUUUUUGGAUAUUAAUGUUAAACUGUUUUGUGCUUUGAUGAUUAUGGGAAAAUUGCAGGUAAAGCUUUUAAUCUUUGAUACAAGACGAUGACAACUAUUUGGGGGAAGGAUUUGCUGGAUGGAACCCAGUAAAAAACCGGGUGAUUGUGAAAGUUUUCGACAGUUAAUUGGAUUUUUUAACCGUUUUCUUCAAUUCUUGUAACUUAAAAAGCAUUACCUGCAAUGAUUGACGCUAAAAUCCUCAUGUAACUUUUCAAAACUCUUGCGGUAUUUUUAAUGAAACAUCCUGUAUAUAGACAGUUGCAAACUUGAUUGUGCCCACCAAUUUGGUGACUUUUUUCUGCUAGUAAACUAAUAGUUUUACUUGUGAUUUAUUAAAAUGUUGCAUUUAAAAAAUAUAUGGUUUGAAAUACAUCGACGUGGAUUUAAA